GACUGAAACACAAUAUUAUAUUUUCUUAAAGAAGUCUAGUGUCGCAAAGAAGCCAUUUAAACAAUGGCUGAAAGUCAAGCCGAAGAAGUAUCUCCAGGCGCUCCAGCUCCUGAAGGCGCUCCAGCUGCCGCGGAUGCAGCUCCUGCUUCUUUUACAGCUCCAGCUGGUGCUUCCGAAGAAGCCCCACUAGAAGAAGUUGUGGGAGAGAUCGUAGAGGCGGGCGUGGAGGCUUUAGGUGAGGAUGGCGAGAACGUACCAGUGGAGGGGCAAGAGGCGGGACAAAGUCGAGCAACUGCACAAGUACUGCAAAAGGACGAACGCAAGCGCCAAAAGCUUGAGAGGAUCAAGAAAAGACUAGAGCAAGAAGAAGAGAAGAAGAAAGCAGAAUUGGCUUUGGAAGAGGCCAUGAAGCCGAAGCCAGUCAGGAAGGAGGAGGAUAAGUCUUCGGAGAAGGGUUCCUUUAUUUUGGAGUCUGAGGGCGGUGAGGAUCUCGGCGAAGACGAUUUGGCCGAAAUGAGAGGCAUUAUUAAUCAGUACGAUGACUUGGAGGUGCCGGAGUCCCCGGAAGACACCCAAGAAGAGAAUCCAGAGUCGGACAGCGAUAUAACUCCCUUGCCGAGACUGGGUACCUCCCUCAAGGGGGAAUUCAUUCGCACUUUUGACAGCUUGCCGAGCCUUUCGGAUAUUUCGCUGGACAUAACGCCGGAGCCCACCGAACCCGAACCUCCUAAAAAACAGUCCUACCGUGACUCCGACCAUGGCAACUUCGUAGAGUCUGGCCACGAGGAGGGAGCGGAGGAAGGCGGGUCAGGAGAGUCCGAGGGCAGUCAGGCUGGUGCUGGAGGUGCAGUUGCCGCAGUGACAGGAUCAGAGGAGGAGUCUAGCACAGAGGAUGAUGAUUUUUUUGAUGAUAUUCCUGAAGAACCGCAAGUGCCAGAUAAGCGUGGUGAAGAGGAAAUGGACACUAUGGCUAUGUUUAUAGAUAUCGUGGAAAUUGAAGUCGAGGACAAGGCGGAAGCUCAAGUUAAGGUGGAAGAUCCAUUCUGGUAUCGCCUUACCGCCGAUUUUUUACACCAUCUGAUAAACAUGGUGGUCGCCAAGGUGGAAUCACUCGAUAACAUCGCUAAGUUACUGGACAAGCACAAAUUGGUCAUCGCUCUGCAGCAGGAGGUAGACGAGUUCAUGUUCGAAAGAACCACCAACAGUUCUCUCAACAAUGUCGUCUGCGACUACUAUCGCCGACAGGGAAAGUUCCAGAACUUCGCCACCCUAUCCCCGGAUGACUCCUUCAACGAGUCCAUCCGUUACAUGAACGCACUCAAUCUGGUCGACUUCCUUAUGGAGCGCCUUAAGACCGUGAAAAACAAUCACCUUAAUGAAUCGCACAAGGCGAUGUUGGAGCUAAAUUCCCUUAAUGUCCUCUCUUACAACGAGGAGUUGGGUCUGGAUAACUUCAUGCGCAAGACCCUUGUCCGUCGGGACAUGGAAAGACUACGACGAGCCCUGGAAUAUGAUAUCAAAAAGAUGUUGGACAUGCGCAACCAAAUCAGCCAGAAGCGAUAUGAACUCAACCUCAACCUACACACUCUGGCCUUUGUGGACGAGAAAGUCACUAGAUUCGAGAGGGUCACAGAUACCUUGACAAUUUCCCAGCUGCUUUGCGCCAAUGAGGCUAUUAUUCAGUUAAGCAAGUUGCUAGAAGAAAAGAGCAAGGAUGUAGCAGUAAUGCAAUCGAACUACAAGAAGUCAAUGAUCGAGGAGACCUGCAUCCGUGAGAAACGGGACAUGAUCUCCUGCUCACUGACAAAGGCCAAAAAAGAGUACAAUGAUUGCGUAGAGCGGCGCAACGACCUCCGCAAGAUGCUGACCGAUCUCCAGGCGGUUCAUGCCAAUCUGAAACUUCAGCGUGCCCAACUGGAAACCAAGGGAGGACUUCUCUUCAAAACGGCUCUGAUGUACGAUUACGACAAUUGCAUGGCAGAUGUGGAAUCUAAACGUAAACGUAUUGCUGGCUACAAGAAGACCAUCUCGGAUUUAACCAAACGCAUCUACGUGAUUGAAAAAGGUUUCGAGCAGUCGCUACAAUAAUUUGGGAACAGUUGUAAUGCAUCAUUUUCUAUUUUCACACAGAGAAGAUAAAUUUGAUUGAGCUCA